AUGUCCAAAACAACAGACGUUCCGUCCAUGGCGCCGGUGUACUCGCUUGCAUCUGCGCACAAAUCCACUGUGACGGGGUUGUUCCCUUCAGUACUGAGCUCGGGGCCAUCCGGUGCCGCCCCGUAUCAGUUGGCCUCCAUCCCAGAGAACUCUUCCGAAAAGCAAACGUUUUCGCAACUUUUUCCAGGAUCCGUAUCGGCUCCACCACCUCCCGCGGUAGUGCGGGCACCGCCGAUGUCGAUGAUUCCUCAUCCUGCCGCUCCGUCUCAACAAUUUAGCCAUCACCAGGGGAAUUUGGCGUCGACUCUCAGUGCACCCAUACCCCCGCCGGUGUUCCAAGUUGCGCCGAUACUUCCAUCAGUCUCGGCACCGUACCACCUACCAACGUAUCCGGUGGUUCCAUCGAUGCUUCAAACGGCACACGCAUCUGCUCCUGCGCCAGCCCUUGGACCUGUGUCGGCAACUUCGCCAGUGAUCGCAUCUACACCUGCAUCGUCCCUCGUGCCACCGUCCGCGCCGGCCGCCCAGCCUGCAUCUUUGGUCUGA